AUGCGCGCAACAAACGCUUCUUCCAACAAGAGGCGAAAGGUUUUCUCUGUUGAAGCCAAGAGCCGGAUCAAGAAACACGGUGCCGACUUUGUGAAGUUUAUCAAUAAGGAGACCAAUACACGGAUUCCUCGAAUUGGCGUCGAUAUGUUGAAGAAAGAUAUCUCUCCAGAUCUUGCAGGCGUUCUUCCCUGGAUGAGUUCUUCGUCGGCUCUCCAGAGACAGAGCACCCAAACUUACCCAAGGAUGAUUCUCAAAGCACUCGACAAUUUACAGCGCGAUGUCAGGACUUACGAAGACCUGGUCAAACAAGACAACAAGAUCCGACCACCUGACUGGAUGCGCUGGCAACAAGAUACCAAAGACCUGGAGGAGAUGAGCAAGCACGGUCUUGCGAUGGCUUCAGAGAUGAUCAAUCAUUUUAUUAUGCCUGAUUUACACGGACUUCCUCCCAAGCCUUCUGAGGGCGCCGGCGGGGUUGAGCAUGUAGCAUGGGAUCUGAUUGAGGAGGUUCUACCAAAGAUGUCUGAUGAUAUAUGGGGAAAGAUUGCGCAGGGUCAUCUGAAGGUGUUUACUGAGGUCUUGAAAGCACUAUCAGCUGAAGAGGAAGAACCACAUCCGAGGGCUGCAAAAAGUGCGAGGGCUAGCGCAUCGCUUAACCCACAGGCCACAAUUUUCCCACGGAAAGUUGGAUAUCGGUGGUUCUUUCUCUUUUCUGAAAAUCUUCGACCUCCUACUAACCACCAGGACCUCGACCAAGCCGCCAAGAUGGGUGCCCUCAAGUACGUCGAAGAGCUUCAGAAGAAGAAGCAGUCGGAUGUCGUUGCCUUCCUCCUCCGAGUUCGCUGCUGGGAACUCCGUCAAUUGAACGUCAUCCACCGCGCCUCUCGCCCCUCCCGUCUGGACAAGGCUCGCCGUCUCGGAUACAAGGCCAAGCAGGGCUAUGUUAUCUACCGUGUCCGUGUCCGCCGUGGUGGCCGCAAGCGCCCUGCUCCUAAGGGUGCCACCUAUGGCAAGCCCACCAACCAGGGUAUCAACCAGCUGAAGUACCAGCGAUCCCUCAAGGCUACCGCUGAGGAGCGUGUCGGCCGCCGCUGCGCUAACCUCCGAGUCCUCAACUCCUACUGGAUCAACCAGGACUCUACCUACAAGUACUACGAGGUCAUCCUCGUCGACCCUCAGCACAAGGCCAUCCGCAUCGACCCCCGCAUCAACUGGAUCGUCAACCCCGUCCACAAGCACCGCGAGUCUCGUGGUCUCACCGCCACCGGCAAGAAGUCCCGUGGUCUCAACAAGGGCCACCGCUACAACAAGACCCAGGCUGGCCGCAGAAAGACCUGGAAGCGCCACAACACCCUGUCCCUGUGGCGAUACCGAUAAACAGCUCGCCCCCUGCUUCGGGAGGAGCUGGCUUUGUUAUUCGCAACGCGGCUGUUCGGUUGUACAUGCGAUUUGGGAGGGUCUGGUUUUGGCACUGCAUGCUUGGACUCUGGGGAGUCGGGAACCUUAUUUGGUAGCACAAAAAAUGGAAUCAAAAGCAAUUCCAAUUUCAUGAUCAAGAUUAAGAAUAUGGUUUCCCGAAUUUUGCCUACCGAUUUGUGAUUGGUGCUGUGCCGUGAUUCAUGA